AUGCAAAUGAAACAGAAUCAAAUACACUUGUUUCUAAAACUUAUGACACAAAAUAUAUAAGAUUUGUAAAUAAAGUGCUAAAAGAGUCAGCUGACAGUUUUGAAAAAGAACAGAAAUAUAAUGUACUAUUAAAUUUGUACAAUAUUUUUGGUGGUGUAUUUGAGAAGGCAUUAGAAUUGUAUGAAGGGAAACGUAUUACUUACAUUUUUCCUUCUAAAACUGUUGGUGCUCCACCUCAUAGUGAUAGAAACAAAGCCAGAUAUUUAAUACAGGUCAAAGGAUUAUCAGGAGCAACAUAUACGCUUUUUCCAGAUAUAAACUACUGUCAUUGUGCCUCUUUUAGUUUGGCUAACUGCAGUUACCAAAGAUAAGUUGUCUCAUCGAUAUAUAACGGAGAAACAAUUCCAAAGUUUGCUAUUAUUUCAAGUUUCAAAUAAAGAACAUGUAUUCUGAAGGAAAUUAUAAGUUAGUUGCUAAAUUAGGAAAUCUUAAAACCAUAGUAUUAUUAUUGAAAGCAAUUAAUUUUCAAGAGAGUGCCACAUGUUUUGGAACUAAGAAUGGCUUAAAAUUAACAGUAGAAGAUGCAAAAUGUAUGCAAGCUAGUGCUUACAUUGCAGUUGAUGUGUUUCAGGUGUUUGAUUUAAAAGAAGAUGUAAUUUUUAGAAUAAAUUUAGAUAUAUUAGUGGAGUGUCUUUGUAUGUUUUGGAGUAAUAUAAAUACUCAUGCAAGUUCUGUGACCUUACAUCUUUUCUAUGAAGGUGAUGGACAUCCGUUAUCAAUUCUAAUAGAAGAAGAUGGUAUUAUAACAGACUGUUCUUUGAAAACUCAGACGCCUGAUGAAUUAUUAGAUUUUCAUCUUGAACCAGAAAAUGUCGUAAAUAAAGUAGUUCUCCAAACUGAAUUGUUAAAAGAUAUUUUAUCAGAACUUGAUACAACUAGUGAUUUGAUUGAGCUACUUUUGUCACCUUCUCCACCUUUUUUUCGAAUCAGUACAGCUGGUUUGGCUGGAAUCUGUCAUAUUGAAUUACCCCAUAAUGGUGAAUUGGUUGAUAAUUUUCAAUGUCUAUCAACAACUACAUCAAGUUAUAAACUUUCACAUAUUAAACCAGCUAUAAAGGCACUGUCAUGUGCAAAUAAAGUUUCCUUGAGGACUGAUACAUGUGGAUUAUUGUCGUUUCAAUAUAUGGUUAAAACUGAUGAAGGACAUGUGUGUUACAUAGAAUAUUAUAUUUCUCCAGUAAUAGAUCCUGAUGAAGGAGAUUAAUUUGAUGAAGGAGACAGUGAGGUUGUAAAUACUAAUCAGGAAAGUUUCAAAAUUUUUUUAUUUUAUUUUAAAUUGUUUAUAAUUAAAGCUUUCCAUUCAUUGUAUUCGUUUCCAUUUAUAUAAAAAAUGAAUUUUGAUACAAAGAUGUUCAAAUUUA